AUGAGAGGGCUGAGCGACGACGCUCAGCCAAUCAGCAGCCGCUCCAGUCCGCCAUGCGGAAGGAUCCUCCCCAGCAACGCAGCUUCUCCUAUUUUGGCGGCUGUGCGGAAAACAUGGCGGAAAAUUUGAAAGAUUGCAGGGUGCCCUGUAAGAUGUCCUGGGACGAGCUGGAAGCCCUGUGUCGCAGAGAGAGGCUCCACUGUAAACAGCUCGGGGUGAACAGAGCCAACGUCAAUGACUACGAGGUGGAGUUCCUCUGUGACUACAAGAAGACGAAGGAGGAAGAGUUCUACAUGGUAAAGUGGAAGGGCUUCCCAGAGUCGGACAACACCUGGGAACCCAAGAGGAACCUCAAAUGCCCCAAACUGAUGAAGCAGUUCCACCUGGACCUGGAUCAGGAGCUGAGGCGCCACAAGAGACGCUGCACCCCUAAAAAGCUGGAUAAGGAAGUCGCCUCGUUCCUGGUCCAGAAAGCCAAAUUCCGUCAGAGUCUGCAGCGCUGGGAGGUCCAUUUGAACCAGACUCGCAACCACCCAGGUCGCAUUUUUGUCAUGAACGAAGUGGACUUUGAGGGCCCUCCAAAAAACUUCACCUACAUCAACAACUACAAAGUAGGCCAGGGCAUCGUGUUGGAUGAGAUGGCUGUGGGUUGUGAGUGUAAGAACUGUUUAGAGGAGCCGGUGAACGGCUGCUGCCCCGGGGCCUCCCUGCACCGCAUGGCCUACAACGACAGGGGGCAGGUCCGGAUCCGGGCGGGACAGCCCAUAUACGAGUGUAACUCCCAAUGCAGCUGUGGCGCCGACUGUCCCAACAGAGUGGUGCAGAAGGGCAUCCAGUUCGACCUGUGCAUCUUUAAGACGGAGAACGGCCGGGGAUGGGGCGUCCGCACGCUGCAGCACAUCAAGAAGAACACGUUCGUCAUGGAGUACGUGGGGGAGAUCAUCACGACAGAUGAAGCGGAGAGGAGGGGUCACGUGUACGACCGCCAGGGCUCCACGUACCUGUUUGACCUGGACUAUGUGGAGGACGUGUACACUGUGGAUGCAGCUCACCAAGGCAACAUCUCCCACUUUGUCAACCACAGCGUGAGUGUCUUCAGACUGUGGACUGCAGUCGCUCGGCGUGGGCAGGACCGCACGCUGGGUUUGGGUCUGGGGGUCAUAACAUCAGGUCUCUCUGAUGAGACAGUCGGUCAUUGUUUAGCAGCUUUCAUGCAGUGUAACCCCAACCUGCAGGUAUUUAACGUGUUCAUCGACAACAUUGACGAGAGGCUCCCGAGAAUCGCUUUGUUUUCAACGCGGGCUAUUCGGGCGGGAGAGGAGCUCACCUUUGACUACAAGAUGCAAAUUGAUCCAGUCGACACAGAAAGCACCAAAAUGGACUCCAGUUUCAGUUUCAGUCUAGCGGGGCUCCCCAGCUCUCCGAAGAAGAGGAUUCGAGUGGAGUGUCGGUGUGGAUCGGACUCGUGUCGAAAGUACCUGUUCUGACGAGGGUCUGCUGGGAACGCGACGCCGUUUUCUGUAUAAACAUGUGGAAAAUUGUACAGAUUUGUAAAUGAAUUUUUAUUUUCUUUGUUUGUGAAAGCUGAAAUUCACCUUUUUUAUAUGUGAACAUGACAAACUCCUCAAGAUGAAAACCAAAAGCCACAGGUUCAAAUCUAGGAUUUACUUCUUCUUGGUGUCCAGUCGGUUGAAGACUGCCUCAGUGGAUCAUUGGAGUACUUCACUCCAAUGAUUUGAAAUCAUUGAUCUUUCUCCGUCCUCUUUAAACGAUUUACUGUUUGAGUAGAACCUUUCUGUGGCUGCUUCCUCCGGCUCUCAGUGGAUUCUACAUCACGCAGGUAUUUCAUCACUGUUACUUGAUCGUUGUGGUUCAUCACAGCUUUUAGUUUUGUCCUUCACGUCUACCAGCGCCAGCGUCGUUCCGGCAGCACACACGCACCGGUGGAAAGAAGCGUGGCGGGCCGAAACGCCGGCAGGUCUGUUAAACUUAUUGAGGAAGCGAAAGGGACUGUGUGUUGGAAACCUCCAGACCCACUUCCUGCUUCAGCUCUGACCUUCUGGACUCUGCAGUGUGAAGUGCACUCACUUUUCACUCCACUCUCAGUGUGGCCUCUUGAAAUAAAGUUGUUUCAGUAAUCUGGAUAACCUGCCUGAUGGUCUCGUGUCUCCUGACCUCAGGUCGGACCUGCUGCGGAGUGACAUGCUGUAAGUGGUAGAAGUGAUGGACAAACGUAUGAAAGUUAGACUCCAUUUUUAAACUGGUCUGGAAACUGUUCACACCAGAGCUCAGAGGACAUUUCCGGUGUCCAGCGGCCGACACGUGACUCUCCUCAGUGUUUUGUUACUAAUGAAAUGUUCACUCAGAAGGACUGUGGACUAGCAGGCCCACGUUGACUCUCUCAUGCAGGACUUUACUGUCCUACAUCAAAUGUGAUUGUUUUUCUGUCUCUGAAUUGAGAUUUUAUAGUUUAAUGUGUAAGUUUUAGUGCUUUGUUUCUUUUACCUUCAGUCUCGUCACUUGUGUUUCAUCGUGCUCCUUCAGUUGGUUUAACGGUGGUCAAGGUCUCAGUAUGCUUCAGAAGAACUGGUUGUUUCUGGCUGUUUCCGCUCCACGAACUGUUCCUUUACUGCAUGUUUGAAAGUCUGCUCCGUUAUCAACAAUUCAUCUCACCAAGACCACAGACUCUCUCCUCGAAGACAUUCACGCUUUUGCACUGAUCCCAUGUAGAGUGACAGAAGUUUUUAAAGUGGGUGUGAGUGUUGAAAGUUACAGAAACUGUAGUCUGACGCAGCUUACUAUGCAAUGACCCUGAACCUGCAGACACUCUGCAGGGAGGUGCUGACCCUCAGCUGAUCUGUUUUCCACCUGGAUGCUGCUUUAGUGCCCAGAUGACAACACACACUUAUUCUUCCACCGUCCUUCUACCAAAGAAAAGUUUCCCGUUGACGCUGGUAUGUGAAACCACCUGAACGCCAGCAGGGAUAAGUGACGCAGUGUUACCUGACUGUUGUUUGAAUGUUAACCGACCCUUUAAUGGUGACGUGAGGAGACUGUAAUUUGUUCUUCUGUAAACUUUCCUUUCUGUCACCCUCGUGACUCUGGUACACCAUCUAGCUGAUUAUUUUCAGUGUAUUUAAACCUUUCAGUUUUUAGUACUGCAGUCUGUGACCUUCUUCUAGGUGGAGAACAAAACAAUGUAAAUAAAUGGUUAAACUGA